AUGAUGGAUAGUAAUAAUAGUAAUAAUAGUGAUAAUAGUAUAAAAUUACCAAUAUAUCUUUAUGGUAUAGUUAUUAAAUAUCUAUGGGAAGAGAGUGAAUCAUUAAAAUCAAGUGUCAGCAGACAUUGGAUAUUGACAUCACUAAGUAGAGUAUCAAAACAAUACUUUGAAAUUGUUAAACUACUCAAUGACAAGUUAAUCUUUGAUAGACUCACUCUAGAUCAAUUAAAAAAGGAUAAUCAAAAUGAUCAAAUUCAACAUUGUAGUAAACAAUUAUUAUUAAAUCAAUUAUUAAUAGAUUUAAACAAAAACAACAAAAAAGAGAAUAAUAAUAAUAAUAAUAAUGAUAAUAAUGAUAAUAAUAAUUUAACAAAAUAUUUAAUAAUUAAUAUAAUGUCAAAUGAUGGAUUAAAAGAGUUUAAAAGUUUAAAUGUUGAUGGUCAAAUGAAUCUAAAGAGAUUUAUAUUUGAACAAUUGGAAUGGGAUGAUAAAAAGAGAAAGGUUGCGUUGGAGGAAGAAGCAUCUUUAAAGUUGAAAAAGUUUAUCUAUCGACCAAAUGUAAAGGAACAAGUAUUGACUGACCGUUCAAAGUUGUUGGUACAAUCAAUAUUUAAUCAAAUCGAUACAUUUAAUGGUGUAUUGGAAGAUAUAGAUUAUCUUAUUUCUACCGACGUUGGGUGUCAAAUGCCAUCUCUUUCGAGAUUACAUAUUAUGCAUGACUAUCGUAAUAGUUAUGGUGAUCGCGUAUGGGGUGAACAUUUGGAUAAUGUUGUCAUUGCAAUUGGACACCAAAUCGAAGAAUUGUCAUUGGUCAUAACACCAAGAAUACCCGUCAAAGAAGAUUAUCAAGAAGAUGAUGACAAUGAAGAAGAGAAUGAAUGGGAUCCAGAUAUAAUAGCUGUAAAGAUAUCAUUUUCAGAGUAUCUUUCAAAACUACGUAAACUCUGUCUUGGUACUGUAUUUGAUUAUACAAUAGACACUGAGUUUUUUGAUAAUCUCACUAGAAACCUUCCACUACUCGAAUCACUAUUACUCGUCGAGGCAAAACAACCAGUUCUGCCACGUAUCUUUCCACCAACUAGUUCACAACCCAUCAUUGACUAUCUCAAAAGAUCACAUCGAUUAGUCGAAUUUGGUAUUGAAACACAAGAAUGUUCACUCUCUUUACAUAAUACCAAAUUGUUGGAAUUCUUAUUACAAGAUGAAAGAUCUAGUCAUCUGCAAUCAAUUAAACUACCCGUUUGGUAUAUAGUGCCAAUUCGUCGACCAAUCAAUCGUCUCGAUUUGACACUACCCAAUAGUAGUGCAAAGUCUCGAUAUGUUAAAUUGGUCAAUAUCCCGCUACCAGAUGACCAACAAAGAAAAAUGAUUGCCGAGUCAUUCUCUAAUGUCUCCAAUAUCAUUAUUCGAUCAACAUCUGAUUGUUCAUUAUUUGUUGAUAUUUUAAAUUUUAAUCAAAACUCUACCUUUAAAAGUAUUGAAUUUGAAUUUAAAAAAGAUUCUUCACAAUCAACAACAAAUAUGAUUGGAUUCCAACAAUGGAAUAAUCUAAAAGAAGCAAUUAUCAAUCAUCACAAUAUAGGAUAUCUAAGUGUAAACAUUGCAGGAAUCGGUCAUCAACAAUUACAACAUUUAGAUCAAGAAAUUCAAAAGCAUCCAUCGAUCAUUAACAAAUCAUCUUGGAAUCUAAAUGUCUAUGAUUCCAAAAUCAUUCCAUUCCCACCAAUUCCAGAACCAAUCAAUACACCAAUUUUUAAUUUUCCUGCCAACUUGACAUUUACUUCUAUGGGUUCAGGAUCAGGUAAUAGUAAUAAUCCAAAUUAUACUUUACCAUUUAUCAUACCAGAUCAAAAUAAUUAA